UGCACACGACACGAUGUGCUCGGUACAAUAGUUUUGCGCACGAUGUUACUAUCAAAUAUAUAUGAGUGUUACUUACGUUAUCAAUAUCAGUGUACAACUGGCUUAUCAUAUAGACUGAAGAGGGAGCGUAUCUACGAGAAAUACAUACUUCAAGAUGGCGUGCUGUAACGUAGCUGUGAACAAGAGCUGUCAGGGUGAUGUGAAGUGUGACAAGGCUGGAUGCAUCUGUAUUCCAACUGAUGGAAAAUCCUGCAUUUGCGUAAACGAAAACGACGAGGGUAAGCUUAUCCGCUGUGAUGAGUGCAAAUGUACGCAGACUUGUGACUGCAAAUGUGGCAAUUCCAAGUGUAUUUGCAUCCAAACUAAAGGGGCGGCCUGUGUUUGUGUAUGCCGCGAUGAGAAAGGAAAUAUAAAAUCCUGCGAAGAUUGCGCGUGUUGCUCUGAACAAUGUGGUCAAGUUACCGGUUGUGAAAAGAAGUGUGACAAGACGGGAUGCGUCUGCAUUCCUACUGGUGGAAGAUCUUGUAUUUGCGUGUAUCAAAACGAAGAAGGAAAGUUUGUUCGCUGUAAUAACUGCAAAUGCACGCAAACCCGAGGCUGCAACUGCAAAUGCGAUCAAUCAAAGUGCGUUUGCAUCCAAACUAAAGGAGCGGCCUGUGUUUGCGUCUGCCGCGAUGAGAAAGGAAAUAUAACAUCUUGCGAAGAUUGCGCGUGUUGCUCUGAACAAUGUGGUCAAGUUACCGGUUGUAACAAGAAGUGUGACAAGACGGGAUGCAUCUGCAUUCCUACCGGUGGAAGAUCUUGUAUUUGCGUGUAUCAAAACGAAGGAGGAAAGUUUGUUCGCUGUAAUGACUGCAAAUGCACGCAAACCCGAAGCUGCAACUGCAAAUGCGACAAGUCAAAGUGUGUUUGCAUCCAAACUAAAGGAGCGGCCUGUGUUUGCAUCUGUCGCGAUGAGAAAGGAAAUAUAACAUCCUGCGAAGAUUGUGCAUGUUGCUCUGAACAAAGUGGUCAAGUUACUGGUUGUGACAAGAAGUGUGACAAGACGGGAUGCGUUUGCAUUCCUACUGGUGGUAGAUCUUGUAUUUGCGUGUAUCAAAACGAAGAAGGAAAGUUUGUUCGCUGUAAUAACUGCAAAUGCACGCAAACCCGAGGCUGCAACUGCAAAUGCGACCAAUCAAAGUGCGUUUGCAUCCAAACUAAAGGAGCGGCCUGUGUUUGCGUCUGCCGGGAUGAGAAAGGAAAUAUAACAUCCUGCGAAGACUGCGCGUGUUGCUCUGAACAAUGUGGUCAAGUUACCGGUUGUGACAAGAAGUGUGACAAGACGGGAUGCGUCUGCAUUUCUACUGGUGGAAGAUCUUGUAUUUGCGUGUAUCAAAAUGAAGAAGGAAAAUUUGUUCGCUGUAAUAACUGCAAAUGCACGCAAAUCCGAGGCUGCAACUGCAAAUGCGACCAAUCAAAGUGCGUUUGCAUCCAAACUAAAGGAGCGGCCUGUGUUUGCGUCUGCCGGGAUGAGAAAGGAAAUAUAACAUCCUGCGAAGACUGCGCGUGUUGCUCUGAACAAUGUGGUCAAGUUACCGGUUGUGACAAGAAGUGUGACAAGACGGGAUGCGUCUGCAUUCCUACUGGUGGAAGAUCUUGUAUUUGCGUGUAUCAAAAUGAAGAAGGAAAAUUUGUUCGCUGUGAUAACUGCAAAUGCACGCAAACCCGAGUCUGUAACUGCAAAUGCGACCAAUCAAAGUGUGUUUGCAUCCAAACUAAAGGAGCGGCCUGUAUUUGCGUCUGCCGCGGUGAGAAAGGAAAUAUAACAUCCUGCGAAGAUUGCGCGUGUUGUUCUGAACAAUGUGGUCAAGUUACUGGUUGUGACAAGAAGUGUGACAAAUGUGGAUGUGUCUGCGUUCCGACUGAUGGAAAAUAUUGUAUUUGUAUCUAUCAAAAUACAGAAGGAAAGCUUGUUCGCUGCGACGAUUGCAAAUGUGUGCAGUCUCGAGGAUGCAAUUGCAAAUGUGACAAUUCCAAGUGCGUUUGCAUAAUAACUGGGGGAAAGUCAUGUGUCUGCAUUUGUAGAAAUGAGAAAGGAGUUAUCGCAAGUUGUGUCGACUGCAACUGUGGCAGUGAAAUCCGUGCAGGCACAUCGCAAAAUUAAAUAUAUAUAUAUAUAUUAAAAAAUAUAUAUAAAAUAAAAUAAUUAUUCAUACCUAUUAUUAUUAAAGGGGAUAUUUUUAUAACAUGUUAUUGAAAACAUAUUGUAUCGCUUUUAAUCUCUGAGUAUACGUAUCAUAUUAACAUUUUUUUAUAUUAUACUGGUGUUAUUAGUUGUAAAUCAUUCCAUUAAAAUAUUAAUGUUUAAAUAAAUUGUAGUACUUACUAAUGAAAUAUUAUGAACUUUAUACUGUUUUUAAAUAAAUAUACAAAUAUAUAUACCAUU